CUGUGACGCUGCCCUCAUUAAUGUACCUUUCCCCUUUCAUUUUCAUCCUGUUAACCGUUUGCAUUUGGGCAUGAUUCCAUGUUACACAAUAUAGGAAACAGAAUGGAGUAGUUUCAAACUUCCUGAGGUGUUGCUUGGCUGGUGGUUCUCCACAGAGCAGGAGAUGGCGACAUUGCACAGUAAAAAAAAAAAGACGCUGCAAGGCCAUACUGUGAUAAGAAACGAAGAAGACCAGUGAGGAACUCGUCGUUGUGUGUGUUUUUUUUUUGGGUCUUUUACUUUGGGAACGUAAAAAUGUGUUGAAAAGCACAAUUACUAAAGGAUUAUAAUGGCGUCUAGAAUGUUGAAGCGAGCCGGCAUUUCUCCUGAAUUAUGCGAGCAACUCAAAAGACAUAAAAUAGAAAGUUGUAAGGAUCUGUUGACGCACACUGCUUUUGAAGUGAUGUAUGCUGCAGGAUUGAGUUACCAGAAAACCUUGGGGAUCUUGGAGACUGUGAGCAAGGUCAUUGCUCCCCCACUCACCACGGCCUUGGAGUUGUGGAAGCAUUACUCAGACUCUUGCUUCUCAACAUCAUUACCUGCACUGGACAAAGUGCUGCGAGGAGGUAUUCCAUGUGGAGCCAUCACAGAGGUGACAGGGCCAUUUGGCUGUGGGAAGACUCAGUUGUGUAUGAUGCUCAGUGUUGUGACCACCUUGCCAAAGGAGCUGGGCGGCUUGGACCGCAGCGUGAUCUACAUUGACACUGAGUCAGCAUUCUCUGCUGAGAGGCUGGUGGAGAUUGCACAGAACAGGUUCCCGGACUACUUCAGCUCUCAGGAGAAAGUCCUGCAAAUGGCAGGUAGGGUCCAUAUCUUCAGGGAAAUGACCUGCCAGGAUGUCCUCUGCAGACUGGAGAAAUUGGAGGAGAUUCUCAUCUCAACCAGAGCUGGCCUGAUUAUCCUCGACUCAAUUGCUUCAGUGGUUCGAAAGGAAUUUGACACAACGUUGCCUGGCAACCUGAUACACCGGAGCAAGCUGCUGGGACAACAGGCCACCACCCUCAAAUAUUUGGCCCAUCAAUUCAACAUCCCUGUGGUCCUGACCAACCAGAUUACAACUCAAAUAGGGCAUCAAGGUUCUGGUCCACUCACUGAGGGGGAUUCAGGCAUUGUGACAGCAGCUUUGGGGAACACAUGGAGUCACAGUGUUAACACACGUUUUAUUGUCCAAUAUGUUGAUGGACUUCAGAGACAGCUAUUGGUCGCAAAGUCACCUGUAGCUCCCUUUGCUGUGCUGAACUACACGAUCCAGAAGGAAGGAAUCUGUAUGAACGGAAAUGACGGCGAGGAGACGUUUUAUGAGGGCACUGAUCCCAGCCUCCAGCCUAUCAGGGAAGUCCUCGUUUUACGAACGAGUGCCGUUCCCACGCUGGCGACGUAACCCGAAUUUCCACGCAAGUCGGAUUUCACCGUUAAAGUCCAAAUUUACUUGGAAAUACUUCUGUUACGGGUAUUGUCCCACGUGAUUGUGACAGCAAGCUCAGUGUGUGUGCGUCGAUGUGUGAGUGAGAUGGGACUGCGACGGAGGAAGGAGUGCGCGCAAGUGUGAGUGUGCACACUGGCAAGUGUAGUGACGGCGACCGGGGAAGCGUAGCGAUCAGCGGAGGACCCGUUGACGUCGACUGCGCAGAGGAGCUAAUAAAGCCCUUCAAGCAGCAAAUCGGUGCUUCGCGCCUUUAUUCUUGCCGCCGCCCAGCUCGGCUGUGCGACGAGAGGAGGAGGAGGACAACCUCGGCACUGGAGAAGGCGUCUCCCGACCACGGUCAGGUGACCGUAGCAGGAAAGGUUACCACUUGGUAUAAAGAAACUAAAAUACAUGAAAAUUAAAUAAUAAGAUGCUGUACUUCCCAUUACUGCUGAGAGU